CGCAAAGGCGAGUAAAAUUCAACAGAGCACAAUCGCUGAAGGUGCCUCUAACGAUCUGCUCUAACCAGUUCAACCGCUCUAUGGAAAUGCGUUCACGCCUCUAAACUGGUCCGAAACCGGAAGAAGUUCGAUCGCCAUGUGUCGUGCUUUGUUUCAAUGAAGAUUUCGCGGAGAUGUGUACGAGUUCAAUAAGGAUAAAUUACUGAACAAAAUGGAGAAACCUGCUUGGACCGACCAUCCCCAAACCAUCCACCAACCGAAAAACUCAUCCUAACCCCCGCAAACUCGACCGAUGCUUUCUCCCGCCAUGGGCACCGACAAACCCAAACGAAAACCCCCCCGAAAGGCACCGCAGUACGGCCAGCCGACCUCAUACGCAUGCGUCCUGACGGCCGCCAUCUUGUGCUACGCGAACGGCCUGCGAGGUGACUUCGUGCACGACGACAUUCCCGCCGUGACCUUGAACAAGGACGUGCUGGCUGUCAACCCGUUGGGUCACGUGUUCGGCAACGAUUUCUGGGGCACGCCCAUGAGUGACUCGCACAGCCAUAAAUCCUACAGGCCUCUCACCACUCUCACGUUCAGGAGCAACUAUACACUGUUCGGUCUGAACCCCCUGUGGUUCCACCUGACCAACGUAUCUCUGCACGCAUUGGCGUGCGUUCUCUUCACGAGGGCGUGUCUACAGGUGGCCGGACUAAGGCCGCCUUUCGCUACCCUCGCUGGUCUUCUUUUCGCCACGCACCCUAUACAUACCGAGGCGGUGACUGGCAUCGUAGGAAGAGCAGAUGUUUUGGCCUGUGUAUUUUUUCUUAUAUCGGUUCUGUCUUAUCAUGGUUCUGAAGACGGCAAACACCACACUUGGAUCAGCACAUUUUUCGGCGGACUCAGCAUGCUGGCCAAAGAAACCGGUAUCACCGUAUUUCUGCUCAAUUUGGCUCACGACUUUUAUCUCCACUGGCCCAGUCUCAGAAGGACGCUGACUGAGAUGAAAUGGAAUAGAGGGUCCCUACAGGUUGCGAACAGAGCAUCUAGAAUUCUAACAUCGCUUGGAAUACUUUUGGCUCUACGAUUAGCCAUUCUACAAGGAUCUCUGCCCAAAUUUUCUCAGCAAGACAAUCCUGCUGCAUUCCAUCCUUCAAUAUACGUGAGAUUCCUGACGUUUUGCUACUUGGCAGCAUUCAACUGGUGGUUGCUUAUAUGCCCUUCGACUUUGUCCCACGAUUGGCAAAUGGGAUCUAUCCCAGUAGUCAGCUCUGUGAAUGAUUCCAGGAAUUUUCUCACCCUUUUCUGCUUUCUUGUUCUCAUAUUAUUAGCUGUCAAGAGUAUAUCGGAAUUAGAGGACCAAAAACAUACACCUGUGGUAUUGGGAUUGUGUCUGCUGGUUUUCCCUUUUCUACCUGCCACCAAUUUGUUUGUUACUGUAGGAUUUGUGGUAGCUGAAAGGGUCCUUUAUAUUCCGAGUCUGGGAUAUAUCCUGCUUGUGGCUUAUGGUAUCCAGCUGUUGUGGGAUAAACAAGUGACACACAGACAGACAGUUGUGAGUUUAACGAUCCUGUUGCUCGUUACAGGAUGUCUCAGGACGAUAGCCAGGAAUAGAGAUUGGCGAUCAAGAGAAUCAUUACUAAGAGCAGGCUUAAUGAUGCUACCUCACAACGCCAAGAUGCAUUACAAUUACGCCAAUUUUCUCAGGGAUUCGAGUAGAACCGAAUUAGCGAAAAGCCAUUACCACACGGCCCUGAGGUUAUGGCCAUCCUAUGCAAGUGCUCACAACAACUUGGGAACAUUGCUGAGCGACAUGACAGAAGCGGAAAAUCAUUUUCUUGCAGCCAUACGUCAUUCAUCAGAUCACGUGAAUGCUCACUAUAAUCUAGGUCGACUGUACAGAAAAUACAACAGAACAUCCGAUUCGGAGAAUAUGCUGAGUAAAUGCGUGAUGCUAGAACCGAAGUUCACUGCUGCAUAUGUAGAGCUAACAAAAUUAUUGGGACCAGACGAUCCAAAACUAUACCAGCUGCUUCAACAUGCUUUGCAAAUCAAUCCAGAAGACCCCUUCUUUGGUACUCAGCUAGCAUACUGGUCCGAAAGAACAGGUGAUUAUCUACAAGCCCUUGUAUACUACUGGAGGUCAUUGAAAUCUUCACCUCAACACCAAGAAGCUGUGAAUGGUGCUUGCAAACUUCUGAGGAAGUUUGGGCAAAAAUCCAGGCUGUUUCAACUACUAACAAGGUGGCAGUUGAUACGAAGGAUACGAAUAGGAGAGGUUCUUUCAAAUCCUGGCAUAUAUUUACAAGAGUGGCGCCUGAAAACUGAGCUCAGAAGUAGAGCUAAAGUAUACGAUGAUGAUUCAUUUUAUGGGAACAACGUCGUUAUUUCCGCAUUCAAUUCCAGCGACCACUCAUCUGAAGAGAGCGAAAGUGACGAAACGUCGUUGGGCGAGUGGCCAAAACAGUUGGAGAAAAAGUCUGACGGGACCAUGCCGAAUCCAGAGGGCCUUGAAAAUCAACGCAAAGAUUACAAGCGGGCUCCCUUGAUGGUCCAUAGUUUAUUGGACAGUGUUUGAGAUUAAGCGUUAUUUAAUUGCCAAUAAAUUUU